CUCAGUUUCCCUCUUGCUCCCAAACUUGGAUUUCAUCUUCGUCAGAGAGUGAUUUCUACAAGUGGAGGAGAAAGUCCCUUUGGGCUCUCUUCUUUCUCUCUGUAACUUUUACAGCUAACGCUCCCUGAGAAUGGGUGACUGGAGUGCUCUGGGUCGUCUGCUGGACAAGGUCCAGGCCUACUCUACUGCCGGGGGGAAGGUCUGGCUGUCGGUCCUCUUUAUAUUCAGGAUCCUGGUCCUGGGUACUGCAGUGGAAUCAGCCUGGGGAGACGAGCAGUCUGCCUUCAAAUGUAACACCCAACAACCUGGUUGUGAGAACGUCUGCUAUGACAAAUCCUUCCCCAUCUCUCACGUUCGCUUCUGGGUACUCCAGAUCAUCUUUGUGUCAACGCCCACACUCCUCUACCUGGCUCAUGUGUUCUAUCUGAACAGAAAAGAACAGAAAUUCAACAGGAAGGAGGAGGUGCUUAAAGCCGUGCAAAAUGAUGGAGGAGAUGUUGACAUCCCGCUGAAGAAAAUUGAGAUGAAAAAGUUAAAGUAUGGCAUCGAGGAGCACGGUAAAGUGAAGAUGAAAGGGGCCCUGCUCAGAACCUAUAUAGUCAGCAUUUUCUUUAAAUCUAUGUUUGAGGUGGGCUUUCUGGUGAUUCAGUGGUACAUAUAUGGCUUCAGCCUGGCUGCAGUCUACACCUGUGAGAGGUCCCCAUGCCCACACAGAGUGGACUGUUUCCUGUCCCGUCCCACAGAGAAGACUGUCUUCAUCAUCUUCAUGCUAGUGGUCUCACUGGUGUCCCUGCUGCUCAAUGUCAUCGAGCUUUUCUAUGUGUUUUUUAAGAGGAUCAAAGAUCGUGUGAAGGGCAAACAGCAGCCUACACUUUACCCCAGUGGAGGGACCUUGAGCCCCACUCCUAAAGAACUGUCCACCGCCAAGUAUGCCUACUAUAAUGGCUGUUCUUCCCCGACUGCCCCACUCUCACCCAUGUCCCCUCCAGGCUAUAAGCUGGCCACUGGGGAGCGAGGAACUGGCUCAUGCCGUAAUUAUAAUAAGCAGGCCAAUGAGCAGAACUGGGCCAACUACUCCACAGAGCAGAACCGGCUCGGUCAGAAUGGUGGAGGAAGCACUAUUUCAAACUCCCAUGCACAAGCCUUUGACUUCCCCGAUGAUACCCACGAGCAUAAGAAACUGUCCUCAUCAGCUGGACACGAGCUGCAGCCGCUGGCACUGAUGGACGCCAGACCCUGUAGCCGGGCCAGCAGCCGAAUGAGCAGCCGAGCCAGGCCGGACGACCUGGACGUGUAAGCCCUGUUUCUUCCCACCUCUGCCUGUCUGACAGAAUGGGUGGCUGAGAAUCAGGAAACACAUCGAUUUAUGUAAGAGGUGGGACUAACUUUGAUCACUGUCUUCAGUAUAGAGACUCUUAGUCAAUCUAAGAGACAACUUGUUAUGUAACACUGUCAAAGGUACAAGUUGCAAAUAUUUUUCAGUGAUGUUUACCAUAACUUUUUAGUGGAGCUAACCCAGCUUUUUGAAAACAGAACAACUACAGGAAUGAUGCAAGUCUCCUUAGAACCAGUCAUCAGUGGUCAGGUGAAGAACAGAGAUCACACUGGUCAAAGUCAAUGUGGUUUUAAUUUGCUUACAUUAGCUUAUAAGCUUACAUUAAAGGAAAAAUCUUUUUUCAUAUUGCUCUUACAGUUUCUGCAACUCUUCCUAUUGGUGACAACAUUUUACUUACCACUGUCAUAGCUGACAUCUGAAGAUCUGGUGAUAGCUUUACAAUAAGUUACCUCCUUCGUUGUGUCUUUUUAACAUAAGCCCUCUGGUUGAUUUACAGUCAAUUUACAGCAAUAUCCCUACAGUAUAAACUAACAAGAAACAAACAAGAAACAAAACUGAGAAUGAAUACAUCCAGAUCCAUUUUGAUUCAAGGCAAUCAUUCUAACUAUAACCAUGGAUAGUUUGGUUUAAAAAGAACAAACAAACAACCCAUAUGACUACUAUUUAGUUGAGGUUAGUUAAAGUGAAGAUCUUCUUUAUUUUUAAAAAAACAAACAAUGCUGAAUUUUGGUUGGAGAUAAGUGUUAAGUGAUAAGUCAUUUGCUUUCUUUGUAAGAGAUUACUCCACCUUAGCUCCUGAGAGAGGACGGCCAUUACAAGUAGUGGUAUGCGAUACUGCAUAUUUUGGUAUCGAUCCGAUACCAAGUAAAUACGUGCCAGUAUCGCCGCUACCGAUACCAAUACUUUUCAAUAAAUAUUGUGGAUGCGUCAUUGAAUUGCUAAAUCUCAAUUAAUUUUCAUGACCGUAAGUGUUUUUUGUGAUGUUUCCUUUUUUAUUAUUUUGUAGCUCCAUGUUUUCUUUUGGAUGGUUUUUUAUAUGUUUAUAUAAAUUGGUAGUGUUUCCACUAUACUUGACUAGCUUUUUACAAAUCCCACAUUUUGAAAAUACAGCCACACGGCACUCCUCUUCCUCUCUGCCAUUCUUCUGUUGGCAUGUACUGCGCGCACUGAUGAACCUGAGCCAGCAACUUGCUUGUUCGUUUGCAUUGCGCAUUUAAGUCACGUCAUGUCAGACAUGUGAUGGCGCAACAUCUAAACACAAGAGGGAGGAGAGGGUCAACAGGAGCGCCGAGUCCAGCGACCUGGCUGUUUCCUUUUUGCCGAAACCGCAGCAAUGCAAAUGAUGCUGAACUUCUGAAGAAAGACUUCUGAAGUUCUGCAUCUCAUCAGGCUAGUAUCGAUCCGAUACCGACUUGGUAUCGAUACUAUUGAUAUUUGGAUCGAUCCGCCUACCACUAAUUACAAUUAAUCUCUUGCUUUGAGAUAAACCUGUGGAUCUCUGGUGUGGGGAUUUGGUGCACUCUGUUACAAAGCUGUGUGAAAUGCAGCUGGUGAAUAAGACAUCAUUAUAAGCAAGACUAAUAGACAGCCAAGAUUAUGAAAUCGGAUAAUUAAACCCAGGUCACAUUAAAGAAAGAUGAGGUGACUGAUACACACAACAUUCCACACAGCCCCUCAAGUGUUUUCAGACAGUUUGUAAUGAAACAUAGUUUGAUGGACUCAUAGCCACACUUGAAUCGAGUUACUCUUACAGCUUGCUCGUAUAAUAAAGCUGAAUUUAUGUGUGAAUCAUAUAAUAUAUACAUUUUCACUGUUUUCAUUUCAUAUUCAUACAUCAUAACUAUCUUAUCCCAGUUCCUAUGAAAAUCACAUUUUUGUCUCUCAGUCACAACAGACAGGAGUUAUAGUCCAGAGCUGCAGCCUCGACAAACAACUCACAGCAAAGGUUCUGGAGAGAAUGCUUAAUAUCAGUUAUAGUGAUUUUUCAUUAUGUAUUUAUUACUAGUGUAGGACACUUGUCACUAAGAGGAAAGAUUGACUACUAAACAGUGUCUCUUAUUCACAGUUAACAUUUUACAUUAACUCCCCACAAACUAUAUAUUUAUUGACAGUAAAUCUUUUUUUUCUUGAGUAACUUUGUCAGUCGGUGUGGACUGUUGUUUCCUGAUAAACUUUGAAUUUAUGUGGUGUUAUGUUUCAUUUUGUGAUUUUAUUUGUCUUUUUUUGGGGUGUGUGUGAGAGUGGCAGGGAUGAGGGUUCAGACUGCUGUAACAAAGCAAUCUCUGAUCUGCUUGUGCAGAGUGUUUUUUUUUUGUUUGUUUUUAAAUUUUUUCUCUUUUGUGGGCAGUAGAGAAAUACCGUAGAAUGAUUACCUGUGUUUUACAUAUUUAAGUGAAUGAUUUUAGUUCUUUAGGUAUUGUUUUGUUUUUCAGACUCAAUGUAACCAUUGCUGCUUGAGAAAUAGAUAUUUAGUACUGUAAAUCAAGCUAACUGUGUCACAAUAAAAUGUGAGUUUUUAGAAGACUGCUUAUAGAUCUGGACUAAUAUUUAGUCAGUUAUAUUAAUAUGUAUGCCAGUGUAGCUCCACAAAUAUCAAACACUAGGAUCAAUCUCAAUUUGGGCUUUUUUCUUUUUGUCUUUUUUUUUUUUGUUGCCAUUUUUAAAUGCAUCAUUUUGUCGGUACUUACAUGUGUCAUGGAUCUUUCAGCUACAAUGGCGUUUGCACUGAGAUCUUGGUGAUAGAGAUCUAAUAUGAUGUACACAGUAAGUGAGGUGAGCUUUCUGAUACACAUGUUACUAAUUUAUUGUAUAAUACAGAAAUCAUGACAGUGCAUAAUAUCAGACAUCUGACCACUGGUUUCAUUGACUCGUUCUGUGAGAGAUGUCUUCAUUCACAGAACAAGAGCAAAAGUCAUUUGUUGCAGUUAUUCAGACAAUGUUAAUCCACGGGGAUCCACUGUUGUACAGUGUAAGUGCCUGAUAGCAAAACAACUCAUUCAUUGUAUCUGUGAAAAGCUAUUUUAACCAAUAAAUAUUUUUCUGUCUUAAUCAC